ACCUGUUAGAUGUUAUUCGAUAAAGAUAACUUUCCAUAGUCCAGCAGUCGAAUACCUUUUAACGCCCUCUCGGCUUGUGACUUCGCGUCAGGACUAUAUUAACUACCAUCAUAUUUAUUUAUUUGUUUUUCAAUCGAACAAUCUUCUCAAAAUCGCCUUCUCACUUAGUAACAAAUGUAAAUGUCAUAAGGCGCGGGCCAUGUUAACCUAUAAUUAUAUCGGGUCCAUAAGCCAACACUGCUAGUAGUGAUGUGCACGCGCAGCCGCAACAUGUCCGCCGUGAACGCCUCCACGAGCAGGGCUCGAGUCCCUGUGGCGCUUCUGCUCUUGUGCGAAUUUGUAGUUUUCCCAGCUCGAGCUGGAUCAGAUCUAUCAGACGAGUCGAAGACUGUCAAUCCAGAUUACAGUUCUCGCGUCGCGCGAUCCGCAAGUCAGCGUUUCUUGCAGGUGAUAUCAGGUUAUGAUGAUGAUAAUAACUGGCUGCAGUCUCUCUUAUAUCCAGAACGCAGCAACAAACUCCGAGUGACGAGCUUGCCGUUGCUAUUGCUACCAGUCGAGGUGCCUCUACGUCGCGAAAGCAAUAUUAAGCUGAGUAGGCGAAGGCUAAGUAACGAUUACGAAGAAGAUGAGGAAAGUUCUUGGCAAGUCCGUCGUGGAGACUGGCGGCAGGAAAAAAGGCGGCCUUCCUAUAUACGAGAAGAACAACCAUCAGAAGAUGAAUAUCUAGAAUUUCCAUUCAAGAAUCACCCACAGCGACCCGUUCCCAGAGAUCCGAGCGUCCCGUCGGUCUCAUAUUCAUCUGAACCCCGCGCUGUGCCAAAUAUAGUCUCCAGUGUUCCAUCAUCGCAACUCGUAGAGAAAUUUCGUGCACAAACCCCUAAAGCAUUCGGUAUGCCUCCUCUUGUGCAAUCUGAAUUUGAUAUCAGUGAGCGCAUAAUUUUACCUGAUGAUGAAGAUGAUGGAGAAUUGGAGGAGACAAACAAGGCAACUUCUGGUGUAAGAAAUAAGCGAGCCAUAUUCACUACCAAUAGGGAAAAAACUGAGGCGAUCACCCCAACGCGUCCUAACUUUUCCAAGCCCUUGAAACUUCGAGCUGUGCUGAGCGUACCGCGUGCUGACUACUCCGAGUCAUAUACGGUAUGGUGGGAUCCUGUAAAAGGCAAUUCCCGUAUACAUUUUCACGAUGGAUCAACAGUGACGUUUCGGGAAAUGUUACCAAAUGGAUUUGUUAAAAAAGUAGAGAUGCACGUGGACCGUUCUGGAGAGCGUGUGGUUCGGUGCGGUGUAGCCACAACUGUCGCCUCAGCCGCUGAUCGUGCGAACCCGGCUCUGCCGGACAUAAAGCUUUUUACUUUCUCUGGCUAUGAGCGCACAGAGAAUAGUUUGGUGGAGCGUUGGCAGCACACGGUGUCUGGUCAAGGUGACACACGUGGAGAGGUGGUCACCACGCGACACGAACUGCUGCUGUCUCGUGACCUGCAAGACUUUAUUCGACCUAUUCGAUACCGUGUGUCGGUCAACAGUACUGUGCUGGGGCCGGAUUGUGACACUUACGAGCACUUUUACUACGACGCACGUCCUCACAACCGAAGGCCUAAGUUUUUUGAAGCAGAUAUAAAUGAGUUUUGCGACGAAGUGGAGCAGUUGAACGCUUCGUCGGCCGACGACGUCGCGAAGCUUGAACCGCUGCGAGAAUUCACAAUGCCGGAGCGUGACGCACGUUACGAUGCGCUCUUAGAGAAGUUCAAGAAAAAUUAUGUACGUGAGUUUGCUAACGACAUCGAAGGCGCAGUCCGCAAGAAUAUCCUGAUGCAGAGUUCAAGGCUCAUAUCGUCCGGGAACCGUGCUGGCGCGACCGUUCAGUUGGGUCUAAACUUCCUUGCGGACCGCCUCGACGAAGAGAUGAGCGACAUGACGGGGGUGGCGCAGGGCGGGGAGCGUGAGAACGCCGAGGCGUUCCCACACGCGCGCUCGUCGCUGGCGGCGUACGAGCGGCGCCUACCGGACAGGUUCGACUGGCGAGCGCUGGGCGGCGUAUCUAAUGUGCGAUUCCAGGGCACCACAUGCUCGUCGUGCUGGGCGAUCGCGGUGGCGGGCGCGGUGGAGGGCGCCCUGUUCCGUCGCACCAAGCGCCUCGUGCCACUCUCUGAACAGAACCUCGUUGACUGCGCAGGCCCAUUUGGUGGAAGGGGCUGCAAGGGUACAUGGCCGAGCUACGCUUAUGACUAUAUCCAACACCGAGGUUUGCCCGCCCUGGAGGAGUACACGCCGUAUAAGGGGAAGGUGGAGCAGUGCAAAAGAGAUAUCGCUCAGCCCGUCACACGUAUCAGCGCACACGUCAACAUUACUAAAUACAGUGUUCCGGCGCUACAGGUGGCCAUCAGGGAGUACGGACCGGCCGUGGUCAUCGUGGACUCGUCAGCGAAGAGCUUUCAAUUUUAUAAGAAAGGAGUUCUCUAUGAUGAUCGUUGUUCCAAGAAAAGUUCAAAACACGCAGUUUUAGCAGUGGGUUGGAGCCAAAAGAAAGGCGAGCCGUACUUUAUAUUGAAGAACUCGUGGUCCGAGGCCUGGGGCGAAGGCGGGUACGUGCGCGUGCAGGCGCGUGCGAAUACGUGCGGCGUUCUCACUUACCCCUCCUAUCCACGUCUCACGGACGACGACGUCUUUUUGGAAAAAGAGACCUUUUAAUUAACUAAUUGAUUCUAAAAUAACAUUUGUAUUUAUUUAUUGCCUGCCGGUCGCAGCCAAUAUACUAAGGCUAUCAGUACCGAUAAAUUUUCGAGUUCCGGGAAAAAAAAUUCGAGACUCGGCCUGGCUGAGAGAUUGUCUGAAUGACUAACGAUCUAAAGACAUGAUAUUUGAUGUUUAAUUUAUUGUCAAAAUAUUCUAUCUACUGUUACAAUAUUCAAAUAACAGAAUUAAUAUAAUUAUUCUGAAUUAUAUAUAAUUAAUUUUUGCAAUAAAUUAAACUCAAUUACUGGUGGUAGGGCUUUGUGCAAGCUCGUCUGGGUAGGUAACACCCACUCAUCAGAUAUUCUACCGCAAAACAGCGAUACUUGAUAUUGUUGUGUUCCGGUUUGAAGGGUGAGUGAGCCAGUGUAAUUACAGGCACAAGGGACAUAAAAUCUUAGUUCCCAAGGUUGGUGGCGCAUUGGCUAUAAGCGAUGGUUGACAUUUCUUACAAUUCCAAUGUCUAAGGGCGUUUGGUGACCACUUACCAUCAGGUGGCCCAUAUGCUCGUCCGCCUACCUAUUCUAUAAAAAAAAAAAUUUGAAUUCUGCUAGCAGUGCCACCUGUUAUGUAAACAGGCUAUCUUAGCAUGAUGUUUGUUUAUAUUCAAUUCUAUAUUAAUUUUUAAUAUAUAAUUUGUGUAAAAUAGUACAAGUUUUACAUAACAAUAAAACUUGUAAUUUUGA